AUGAUCUCGCAGUUUUAUAUUCUGUCCCUGCGCGGCGACACCAUCAUCACGCGAGACUUCCGCGGUGAUGUCGUGAAGGGCACUGCGGAGAUUUUCUUUAGAAAGGUAAAAUUCUGGCACGGCGACGCUCCCCCAAUCUUCAACUUGGAUGGGGUCACCUAUGUCUUCAUCAAGAAGAACGGAUUGUACUUCGUGGCAACUACAUGUCAUAACAUAUCCCCGGCCGCCGUGGUGGAGCUCCUCACGAAGAUGGCGAAGGUCUUUAAAGACUUCUGCGGGAUGCUCAACGAAGAGAGCAUAAGGAAAAACUUUGUGCUUGUGUAUGAGCUUCUCGAUGAAAUGGUGGAUUUCGGCUAUCCACAGACGACGAACACUGAGCACCUGAAGUCUUGCAUCCACAAUGAGGCAGUUGUCAUAGAGGCGCCAAAGCUUGGCCUCAAUCUGCCCCAGUGGAAUCCGCGCACAGUGCCCAGCAACGCUGUCCACCGGCCAGUCGGUCCGACGCAUGAUGCCAAGAACAAGAAGAAUGAGAUCUUCGUAGACAUUUUGGAGAGAAUCUCGGUUCUUAUGAGCUCGAACGGUUUUGUCAUCAAUAGUGCUAUUGACGGCAGCAUCCAGAUGAAGUCAUAUUUGAUGGGCAAUCCAGAACUCAAGCUGGCCCUAAACGAGGACAUCGUGGUCAAGAACAUGGACCUGGGUGGCAGCCACGGAGGAUAUGGUUCUGUGAUCCUGGACGACUGCAACUUCCACGAGUGCGUGGACUUGCAGGACUUCUCGGAUCUUCGAACACUUUCCUUCUACCCUCCGGAUGGCGAAUUUGCAGUCAUGAACUACCGCAUCACUGGCGAUUUCCGCGUGCCCUUCAGGAUAUUUCCUUUCGCAGAGCAACAGACACCACACAAGCUCGAGAUCACCAUCAAGGUCCGAGCCGACAUCCCGGAGUCGAACUACGGCGGCAACGUGCAGAUCUCUUGCAUGAUCGUCAGACGAGACUUGUCCGCGCAUGCCGCAGGAAUCGAAAGCUACGCAACAAACCGACACGGCGACGGCUCAAGCAACUGGUCGAAAUUCCUAGCUGCUGCAGCUUCAAUCGCACAACCUCUCUUGCUGGCCAUGGCAUCCUGCUUCGCUGGGUUGACCUGGGCACUGCUGGGUCUGGCCGCUGCCACCGAGAGCUGCAGCUCCACGGCGGGGUCGCUGAUGCUGCAAGCCAGGCAAGGUCUCCACAAACACGCCAUGAGCGAGGUGGUAACAGCAUCCAUGGGCCUUUGGACGGACGAUGCCUCGGCUUUUCAAGGCGGCUCCUGCGAAUAUGCCAGCGCAUCGCAAGGGGGUCUCCACAAAUACCUGGAAUCUCGGGCUGUUUGCCUGGCCAACCCAGUGAUCUAUGGCAACGGAGUCGCCUGUGGCUCCUGCUGGAAGGCCCAGCGCGAGGGUCAGGGCAGCAUGGUCGUGCAGAUCAUCGGGUCUCAUGGAGGCUCCAACAACUUGGACUGCUUCUUCGACGCCUUCAGCACCAUCACCGGCGCGGAUGCUGGCACUUUCGAGGUGAGCCUUGAGCCCGUGGAGUGCGAGGUGAAUGGCGCAGGGCCAGUGGCGACCGUUGUGGAUGGCGACAAUGCCUGGUACACGAGAGCCAUCUUCUCCAACUUGCCUCAUGCCGUCUUGGCUGCCUCGAUUUCGGUGGACGGGAAAGCGACGGAGAUGCGUCGCAUAUCGGGAGCGACCUGGGAGGCCAACCUCGGAGGUG